AGCAGUUUAAUCAAUGAGAAAAAGCGUGCGCAUAAGAAAUAUCAGAAUGCUGCUGACAGUCUGCGUCCCGCGCAGUUCAAAUGUUCGAAAGUGUGUAUGUCAAUCUUGAAAGUCGGAGAAGAUUUCUUUCAAAAGCUAGUAUUUCUGGCCUGUUUAAGCAAGUGGUGUUGUAGUGAACUUUUCAGUUAUCUCCUCAAAGAAAAGUUAGCAAUGGCAACUGGUGCUGAUCAAGUGAAAGCUUUACAUGAAGCCGGUUUAUUUGCAAGCUCCAAGCUUUUGGUAAGAUCGAGCAUUCUUACUUGCAAAUGUUGUUAUUUUCCCUCGCGAUCUACAGCUCAUCCAGGAAAAACACCUCAGAAUCUUCAGAGUAUUAUGUUGUGGUUCAUUGGGCCCCCUCACUGCCUCGAUCCAGGGCUUAUAUCACAGUGCCGGCUCCAGACCUUGAGAUAAGGGGGGAGGGCGGUCAUCCAGACCCUUAGUUAAGAGCAGGGGGGGAAGGAGCGGUUUCCAAAAAAUUUUUUUUCGGCCUUUCGGGUCUCAGUUUGGUCUAAAAAUAAGGGGGGACCUCCCCUGGAUUCACCACUGUAUUAGCGGCAGUUUUGGGCAUGGAAUUAAAUAUUAUUACCCCCGGGUUGGGCUGGUACACAAUAUACCAAGUGAAUAGCAAGUCUUGAGUAACGUCACAAAGAACAGAACAAUGAUCCCUAGUCCUUACACAAUAACACAAUAAACUUCACACAAUAGAAUGAGAUAAUAAUGCAUAUAUUGACUUGGUAUAUCGAGCAUCACCAACCCUCGAAGUUGCGACCAUUGUAGUCGCCAUGGUGCCUAAAAUUUUGGAACUGGCAACUUGAUUUGGAGAAUAGUCGCCAAGCUGGCGACCGUGAAGAGUUCGUGUUGGUGUAUAGAAACAGAGAUGGUAAUCACUUCUACUGAAAUAUGAAGAACAUUAUUUUAUUCUAGCUGAUUUGAAUUCUAUUACUUUUUUACUUUUCCGUUGAAAAACAUGCUAAAUUGAAAACUUAAAAAAAUCUCAGAGCUAAGCGUUUUGAAAAUGAACAUCAAUGAAACUUGACUUGCAUUCGUUCGCCAAAUUGCCUUCAGUCUGUUGCCUUGCACGUGACAUUUUAACUUUUGACAUGUGACAAAUGGCACGCAAUCGAAGCGCUUUGCUUGUCGACAGUGACGAUUUCUUUGAUAUCUUAGGAAUGCUUGUCAAGCAAAGUUCGGUGGUUUUUUAACUGGACCACAUAUUAUAAAUAUUUUUGAAUCAAUACUGAAACAAUCUAAUAACAUGAAGAGGGAAAGCUAAAUUGGUGCAAAUUCAACACAGAACAUUAUGUGAUAACCGUGUGAACCGUGCUGCGAGUUGAAUCGCGGUUUUGUAAACAAAAGCGAUAAUUGUAAGCGAAACUAAACAUCGCAAAACUGACAGCUUAUGGUUGUUGCAAAAAAUGGGUUUUUUUAAACACCUGUAGCGAUGAUAAAGGAAAAAGAAAAUUUAUUAUUUCGUAAGCGGCAUUUUUGUUUGGGUUCCUUUCAAUUGAUUGGGAAAAACAUUUUUUCCCAGUACAACUCGUUGGGAAAAUUUCACGUGCGCGAUGUUAUCUCUAUAAAGCAAUGACUUGAUUUAGAAAACUUGUUGAUCUUCCUAUACUCUCCUGCCUUUUUCAGGCUUUUGUGAUGUCUAGCGAUAAUAAAAACGACCUUUUAAAUCUCCAAAAAUAUUUCAUAGUUGGGGAAACAAGUUCAUCAUCAACAAAAGUCACAAAAGAAAUGCGAAACAAAUAUCAGAAAAAAAAAAAUAGGUCGCCUAUCAAAGUGCGACUGGGAAAUUUUGAACACAUUAACAGAGGAUGAGUUAAGUUCUGCUCUCAUAUACCAAGACUGGGGAUUAUACAGAAGGAUUGAAGGUCCUAAAGACAACUGGAAAUGGUAAUUGUCUUUACAAUUCCAUUUCAGUAUUGAUUCAAGGAGAUGAAUCUGCAAACCUUAUUCUCAGACUAUCAGUAACUAAUGCCUUGCACAAUAAAUGAGUAAUUUAUAGACAGUGCUGCAUUUUAAGUUAAACUUGCUAACUGCUUUUGUUAAUGACAAUUUUGAUAUAUUAAUAUAUUAAUAUAAUUUGGUGCCUACAAAGUUUCCCUGGUGACUAAACCCAAAGAGCUGAUCGCCAAAUGGCCACUGAACAAAAAUUUUAACUUUGAGGGUUGAUCACCCCCGGGUUGAGGAGCAAUGGAAUUCCUCAGGGGUAAGUAAUCAAAGUAGGUUGAGUGCAAUCCUAUCAAAUUCUUCAAGGGUUAAAAUGAAAACGGACAAUUCCUCAUUAAUUGUGUGGAUAUUACAAUGUUUAUACUACUACAUGAGAAAUUUCUGCAAUUUGAUUGGCUAAGAGCAGUGGUAUUUCCGCUUAAUUUGAAAUACCUAUAUGUGAAAAUUACAAACCUUUUGUGGGUAGUAGUAUAAACCAAAAAUAGCAUGAUUUGUGCUUGACAUUCAGCAUAAAUACCACUUGAGAUAUUUCAAAAUUCUCUCAAAUUUCACUUGCCUAAUGGCUCAUGAAAUUACAUACAACAAUUUUGAAAUAUCACUUGUGGUAUUUAUGCCAGUUAAUAUCACUACAAAUCAUGCUAUUACCUAUACAAAUGUAAGAGCCCAUUUUAUUACCAUACAAUUGUAACAAAAAAAAAGGAAAGUAAAAAACAAAACAUACAAACCAGACUGGCAAGGUGUACAAUAUUAUCAUAAAUAUCACACACAGCUUGAAUCAUUUUCAUAAAGGUUUGCUUUGAAUGUACUGUAAUCUCUUAUUAUUUUUUCCUUGAUUUUAAUUCCAGGCCAGUUUUUUGUUGUCAGCAAAUGAACAUGGGAACCAAGAUAAAUAUGAUCUCAGCACCAUGGUUACCAAAUAUCAACUAUUUGUGUAUUUAGCUGACUCCUUAUUUGACGAUGAACAGUAUAAAAGAGCAGAGGUCAGUAAAAUAGACCUACAUGUAUACUAUAGUGGUACCAUAAAAUUCCGAAAAUAAGCCCCGGGACUUAUAUUUUUCAAAGGUCCUUUUUGAGGGGUUUAUUUUUGGAGGGGCUUAUAUUUGAAAAGGCUUAUGUACAGAGGGAAAUUUGCAUUUCAAAAUCGAUUGGGCUAGCUUACUGUUGGAAGGUAUUUUACUGUUUUUACUUUGGGCAAUUUCCAAGUACAAGCCACCCUGGAGGCUUAUAUUAAUUGGUGGGGCAAUUUAACGGAGGGUUUUUUGUGUUAUGAGUUUGGGGGGCUUAUAUUUAGAGGGGUUAAAUACAUCGAGGGGCUUACUUUCGGAAUUUUACAGUAUGUCCAGUUUGGCUAGGGGAUGAAAAAAUGGCAAAUGAUCAUUCAUUUUGUAGAAACCAUCAUCCUGUCAUUACAAUCUUAAUGCUGGACCAAGUUUUUAGUAUACAGAUUUUACAUAAGGCAUUCUUAACUCAUUCACCCCCGAACAACUUAUCCAUAAUCGCCCAUGCAGAUUCAUGUACCUUAUUGUGAUGUCAACAGUUUUCACAGUCAAGGACAAUUUUUCCAGCUAACAUGUGCAGGAGGAAGAGAUCUUUCAAACCAUACCAGAAUUAGCACAAUUCAGUCAAGAAGGCUAGAUGAAGAGGCCUAAAAAAUGUUAAGUUGACCUAAAAAAUUCCAAUAGGAAUGUUGGUUGACUACCCGCCUGCACUUCCAUCUAAUCCUGCAGUCCUAAAAUAUUUCCCCAAAAAAGGCCCAGUAAAAGAAAAAGAACGGGAAAAAAAAGCGAAAGAAGGGGGGUCGGAGGAGGGAAGGCAAAAGGUAAAAGUCAAGACUGCUGCGUCACUUUUAAACCCACAUUAAAUAUAUUUUUGAAGUGACAAAAAUUUACCUCAAUGUUUAUAUUCAAAAUAGCAUUUUUACACAAGAGCUAUCCAACUGAGGAAAACGAUUAUCAAGCACAAGCCAAAGUCUAGUCCACCACUGGUAUGCAAAUUAUGUUUCUUUUCUUACAAUAAAUUAUUGAGAGUUACAAUGGUCAAGUGCCUUAGAAGCAUUAAUUACUGUUCAUGUUUGUAGACAUUUAGAAAAAUUUUCUGUAUCCAGGGUUUACUGUCAGAGGUUGAGGUAAAGUACAAGAUGUCAGAAUGCUAUCUUCAUAUGAAGGAGUAUAGAGAAGCUACAACAAUAGUAAGUGAAAUGAAAUUAAUAUUAUUUUUCUGUAACAGUUCCAAAGAAGAUUCUUUUUCUCUCCCUCUCUAACUGCUUAUGCUAUUGGAUGUCACAUCUUUGACCGCAGAGGGGAAACAAUCUCUGUCAAGUGCCAAUCUUCCAACAUCUUUUAGUUACCUGUCAAAAACAUCCGAUACGUCCAUUCCCCAUAUCCUUCUUAGUCUUCGUCUUUCUCUCUUCCCCUCUAUCUUUCCCAAGGCUUCACUUCUUUUCCAAUGACCAAAAUACUUUCAUUUCUUUAUAAAGAUCUCUAACCAUUGAUCUUCCACUUUAAUGUACUGUUACAAUGUAUCUAGUAGGUAUUUAUAUUGCUUCAGCUACACAGUCCACAUUGGUAUGGUAACUACAUUUGGCCAAAAAGGGUGUUUGUUCGACCCACUUUGUUCUCAUCUUCAGGACAAAACGAAACAAAGCUACCUGAAUUGUUGUUUAGGAGCUAUCAUUAAUUUUUUUAAAAAUGUACAAAUGCGUAUUAGUGUUUAAACAAAUUUACAAGUAAAGAUUUAGUUUUCAUAUUGUUGUUAUUAUAAUACUGUUAUUUUUUGUAUCAAUUGUAUAUUGUAGCUUGAAGGUGUAUCACAGAAACAGAGGUCUCCAAAAAUCAAUAUGUCCCUUGCUAAACUGUAUCAACGGCAAGGCAUGGAAAGGUACUAGUCAAGAAGAUUCAUUUAUUUGUUUUCCUAAAUGCAUACAAUGUCACCUCCUUUUAUAGGCUCAAUUUCCGCUGUGGGUGAGUUUGUGCUCAUUCUCCCAAACAACUGCUGGUAAUCGAGCCUACCUCUUUUGUGGCCUUAUUUAAGGUUCUAUAACAACAUUCACUUUGCCUUUAGGUCAGCUAUCUCCUGUUAUAAAGAGGUUUUAAGGUAAGAGAAGACUAUUAAGAUUCUACGUACCUUAUGUUUCCUUGACUUUGUAUCUCUGCUGUGGUUCAGAAUAGUAUUAAUAAAUUUUUGUCUUUCUUCAACUUAAGAUUAUGAUAAUUCAUCCCCCCUCAAAAAAGGAAAAUAAAAAUGAUGCUGGUUUAAACAUUUCAAACCAAAGCGCCUCUAGCCCUCAGGUCUGUUUUUGUUUUCUUUUUGACCCUGUCCAUCCCUCAGCUUUUUGUUUAUCCAGGAAAUAUACCCUCCACAUUAAAAACUUUCCAUUUUCACCCCCUCCCACCCCUUCCCAUUUCAAUCCUCCAGGAAAUUCUGGAAUGACAUUAUUGACCAUCAUACACUAUACCACAAAAAAUAUGACUCUGAGUCCCAGUAUAUACCCUUUGAAAGAGGAGGACAGCAGUGCAUUUUUAUAUAAUUAUAGCUAUAAUAUUUUCUCAUCAAAUAUUAUGUUGAUACCCUCCCUUCCAAACAAAAAAGUUGGCCAUUUCCAGCUGGGCACUUUAAGCUGCUAAAUAGUUAAAAAGGUUAAAAGGAGGGAGUAUGCUCUUAAAAUUUAAAAAUGUAUGUUGCAGUUCUUUGUCAUUAUGUGUGUUGUUGUGUACUUUGUAGGGUAUGCCCUCUAGCUUUGGAAGCUGUGAUCGGUUUGUUGUCACUUGGUGUUCCUGGCAGUGAAGUAACCUUACUGACUUCUCCAUCAACUUCAGGAAUGGAAUGGUAAAACUUGCAUCAUUAUACAUUUCUGGGAAACUGUGCACCUACCCCACGUCUAAGCCAACUUUUUGCCCUACGUGAGAAGUAAGUGUUAAUGUUGGCUUAUGGAAGAGUAGGUGGGCAGUUUCCCAGAAAUGUAAAUGAUCCUAAAACUUUAGCUACAAUUUAUUCAAUAAUUUAAAAAUUAGCUGACUAGUUCAAUGAACUUAUUUGUUUUCUUAUCAGGCUAGGAUCGUGGAUAAAAGCACAAGUUUUGGCAGCAACAGGAAAGCACACAAGUAAGAGAAUUUAAUAGCAUGUUCAUGUACCUUUCUAUGAAGUUUUUUUUUCUUUUCCUGAGAAAAUAUUUUGUAAACUAGAAAUGUGUGUCUCGCACACCCUCGUAAAACUCAGUUUAAAUAAUUAUAUUAAUACUUUGUAAAUAAUUACCAGUCUGGGGUUUGGGCAGAUGAUUCUUAUCCGUGAUGGUAAUAAAUUAAUUUACAGUGUAUGAGUAGGUUCAUUGAAUUUUUAAAAGAUCAUCACCAUCAUAGUAAUAAUAAUAAUAAUAAUAAUAAUAAUAAUAAUAAUAAUAAUAAUAAUAAUAAUAAUAAUUUAUUAUAAUAAUAACAAUGAUUAUAAAUAACAGUCAUGAAUGUCAUGUAGGUUCUGUACAAUAAACAAAGUCUUGUCUUUUUCUAGAGGGUGGACAAGCUUUAAAAACAUUGGAAACUCAGGUUUGAGAGAAUCAAAAUAGAAGUUAUUUUACAUUGUAUACAUCACACCAGUUAAGUCUUUGAGUUAAGAAGAUUGGAGUGUAUAGAGAGUGCAUAGUCCCAGCUCACAGAUCUGAGUGUUACAUACUACUUAUCAACCGUGAGUGAGGUCAUUACAGAAAAAUCUCAGACUACAUCAAGGCCAAGGUCUGAGAUUUCCUUGUAAUGACCAAACAGACCAGGUUAAUAAGUUACUUAUUACAUGGCCUUUUCAUUAUGGACCCGAGCCUGCGGUCAAUAAAACCAGCAACUGGUCAGCGGAUAACUUAAAAAAAACAAUGAGUUGUACAAUUGAGGCUGCGAUACAGUCAGAUGACACUGGUCAGCGGAUGUCCUUUUUGACAGCUGUCAAUUGACCAUAAUAUUGAUGUCCAUUAGGAUGUCCACUAUCAAGGUAAACACAGAAUGUAUAAUUAUGCUUUGGACAGCUAGCUAGUAAUGCCCAGUCAUUACAGAAACAAAACAGCCAAUCAGAGCAUGCAUACUAUUGUAGCCAUAUAAGAAAAUUAAUUAAAUGGUAGUUGUUUAAGGCGACCUCAAGAUCUACCCCUCAGCCAUGCUUAAAAAUAGUUUUGUUGCUGGAUGUAUAGGCCAAUUCCCAACAUACUUACUUACAAUGUACUUCCUUUGAUUAUGGCAGAGAUAACUAUUGGAUGUCUUUUCCAAUGAUCAAAAUCUAUUAUACAUGGCUGCACUAAGAUUUUCAAAAGGAAUGUCUCUGUUUAAUAUUUAGACCCUGUUUAAUACAUGUUAUUUACCUUAAACAAUAUUUUAGGAAAAUAAAGAGCAAGAUACAUUAUAUUUAUAAAAAUAUAGAACAAUGAGAAACAUUGUGUGUAAUUUAUUUCAGUGUUUACGAGAUAAUGUGGAAUUGCUAUGUAAUGCUGCUGAGAUGUUUUACAAUUCUGGAGAUUACAACAGUGCGAAGUCUUUCUUUCAAAGGGUAAAUAAUUUAUCAACAAUCUUGGACAAAAAGUGUUAAGAAUUUCACAGUUUCUAUCCCACAGGGUCGCCAUGACUGCUGCCCCCCUCCCCCACCCUGGUCAAUGUUGUUCAGUCAGAGGCAGAAAUGAUUCAGUCAGACUUCAGCACUGUUUUUUAGAGGAAGGGUGGAGGGGAGUACCGGUAUUUGUAACUGCCACUGUUUAAAGAACUUUAUUUGAAGCUAGACAUAUCUUAACAUUUUUGUGCAAGAUAUUUGUAGCUUCCCUGACACUAGAAUUAUUGUGAAUAUUGUAUUUUUCAAUAGUGAGAUUUAGUAAGUCAUUUCUAAAGAGUUUUGCAGAUUGAGUGGUUUUGUUGUGGCUGUGGUUGAUGAGUUAGAGCCUGCAUCUAUUUGUCACUUAUUUAGAAUACAUGUACACUGUAGGUUCCUCUUAAUCAAAAUCACUGUGUUGUUUCUUUUUUCACCACCCACCCCCAGUCCUGUGGGAAAUAGAAAAUCUAAGUUGCUUCAAGUUGAUCUUAAGUGAAGAAGGCACCCACUGGCACUUGUGUACAAGUACAUGUAUCUUUGUAGUACUGGCAGUGCGUACCCACUUUCUACAAUUUUUGUACUAGCAGCAUCCUUGAUUACAGUUUGUAAAUGUGUCCUAUAUUAUUUUUGUUGUUACAGGCCCAUUCUCUGGACCCAUGUGUUCUGCAGGGGAUGGACAUUUAUGCCUUCCUGUUGUCACAAGGCAGGCAUGGUAAUAAUGAAGGACUAGAAAAGUAAGUUUUAAUGAUUUUUUCAUGAAUCAUCUUUCAUAUACCUGUGGGUCUUGCUGUUUUUUUUUCUUUUCUUUUUUUUUUUCACUUCAACAUGGAGAAGGAGAAUUUUGGGUUCACGUACAGUGUUCUUUAACUACAUGUACCUCUCCUAUAAUCACAUAUUAAGCACUUCUGUGUUCAAGGUAAAUCAUUUUCACUCUGGUAUGCAGGCCAUAUUGAACAGGCAUAUGCAGGCCAUAUCAUACAAACUGUUCAUUCAUAUCAGCCUCUAGACUCCCCUAGAGUAGGAAACUCUCUCAGUAGGAGAAAAUAAUAAUUACAGGCAAUAAUAUUGAAACGGAACAAAGGCUGGAUAGAGUAAGCAAAUAAGAAUAAGACGCACAGUGUGUGGGAAAUGAAAACUUGUUCAACUUGCCUCCUGCCAUUUUAUCUCUGUGCUGUCUCCUACAAUACUUUCUAGAAAAUCAUCAUCAAGGAAGAUAGCUUGUCUCUUAUGCAACUCACCACUCAUUUCUCGCAGGUUAGCCAAGGACCUUAUUCAAGUCACACAGCUUAAACCGGAACCUUGGAUUGCCAUGGGUCACUUCUGCAAUGUAACCAAUAGAAAACCCAGAGCUGUUUACUUUGCUCAAAAGGUAUGAGGACGUACUGACUUGUACUUCUAUUUGUAGGAAAAUAGCCUGCAUGGUGGGUAUUAGCUGGUAUUGAAGGAAAAGCAUAAGGGAGAAAAAGGGAUGGGUGCAGAAGGAUAAAUGGGAGCUUCCUUCCCUCCUCCUUGGUACAUAUACAUCUGUAUGCCCUUUUUCUACUUGCACAUCUUAAAAUCCCCAUUCCUUUCAAAGACUUGCCUUGUAGGUUAUAGCAGAAGGUAUCUUUCACCACUUGAGAAGAUGUAUGCCAAUAUACACUCAUCCUCGUAACAGAGGUGAAAUAUCCAAAUUUUGGGAAGGUCAUCAUCAAGAUAGUGUAGCUGAUUGCCAUCACAUGUUCUCCCAUGGAUAAACCCUUGCAGUGUAAUAAAUAGAUCAUGUCAUUUUUAGCACAAAAUUGCACUUAAGCAUAAAAAUCACAUACAGAGUAAGGCACUAUUCCUUGUUGCUAAACAACUAACUGGGGUUUUCAUUUAUCACAGUAUUCACUCUGUUCCAUUAUAAAAAGUGAAAAGGAUGUGGCACUUUGUGGGGCCAUGGCUUUUUGUAAGGUAUGAUUUUAUUGUAUUUCAGGCCCAUACUAUUGACAGUCGCAAUGUCCAAGCACUAGUUUUGAAAGGUAACAAAUAAAAUAAUGUACUUUUGAUUUACACAAAGUGAACAAGUUUUGAACCGACUGUGAUUUUCCCUUGACAAAGAAAGGUUUACUCCACGUUGUCUUAACAGUUACAUGUACAAUGUUAGACAUUCAUUUAAGGCUUAUGACCAAAUGACUAUAAACUCUGUUCUCUAUAUUCCUGCAAAAGAAAUACCUCAUUUUUCUAUUGUAGCGGGGCUUCACUUUUUGCACUCCUAUGCAAUGGAGGGCCCCUGGCUGAGAAGGUCAGUUAAUGCAAACAUUACUUGUUAUCAUUUCAGCGAGCUUGCUACAAGCUUUAGAGAAGCAACAGGAAGCUUUGUUGCAUUUUCGUGAAGCAGUGAAGUUGGCUCCAUGCAACUUUGAAGCUCAAAAAGGUACUUAAAUCAAUAAAAAAAAGUUUUGCAGGUUGAAACACUUCAAGUAAAACAGACACUCCCAAAUACCAUAUUUAAUGCAGGUUCCUUUUUUUGCUACCUACCCCUGGACAAGCUCGCAGGUCACAGGCAGACCAAAAUCCGAGCAUCUAUCUCUUAGUACUUAAAAGAGUUUAUACGGGUAAACAUUACAGCAUUUCCAGUUUACUCCAAAAAUAAAUAUUAAUGUGAAUGUAAAUGUUUCACAAGAAGUUCAAAUGCAAUGUUAGCUGAGUCAUGUCUCAUAAGUUUUCACUGUCCCAAGCUGUUUAAGACGUCAUCUUGGAUGUUCUUUUUUCCUGCCGUCGGCUAGAGAGUAACAAGGAUCCAGAGAAGGAAAAUAAAAUUUUCACAAAAGCAAUCGUAUUAUUAUUAUUAUUAUUAUUUAUUAUUAUUAUUAUUAUUAUUAUCAUUGUUAACUGGCUAGUAUCAACAUGCUAUGUAUAUUUUUCUAACUGGAUAGGUCUUGUAGAAUGUUAUAUGGCCGCAAAAAGACACAAAGAAGCUCUUGCAGUGGCAAAGAAUGCGCACAAAACAUUAGGAGCCAAUCCACGGACGCUUACAGUAAGAUUACAGCCAUUCAGGUUGUUUUUUCCUUGAAACUGUCCUUAACUUUUAUCAUUUUAUUUUUAAUUGUCAUUAUUAUUUAUCAUCAGUAUUAUUUCUUUCAUGAUACCAGUUCAUAUUUAUAGAUUAAUUUUUAGAUUUGAGUAUGUCUAACCUCAAGACUCGGCUUUAUUUUUCCAUUCUCAUAGCUAUGCGCCUCGGUUAUGGUCCAUGAACCUUCAUCGUAUGACAGGGUAUGUACAGGGAAAAAGUCACGGGCACUGUAUGUAACCCACAACAGGUGCCAGUAAAUGAUGGCGGUUAGCUUUACCCAGUUGAUCACAUUGGCACAAGUCCAUUGGAUAGUGAUUUAUCAGUGGAUAGCGCAGCUACCUUCUCGAAAGACGGGCCUGGAAAGCUUUUGUUGUUUGCAUUCAAGAUCAAAGUUUCAAUGUUUUUGCAGAUAACAUGAUAAAACUAUCAGUAAACAAAACAAAAUGGGCUGGUUUGUUACCUACAUGUAGGUCCCGCACUUUUACAGUCAAACCUGUAUAUAACAGCCCUGUACAUAGCGGUCACCCUGUGUAUUACGGUCACUUUGCAAGAGUGACCGUUUUACACAGGUUUGACUUUAAUUUUGUUAGAAUUUGGUUUGAAUAUUUGAUUUGGGGCCCGAAAAGUUAUCGGGACUUUCGAGAAAAUGACAACCCUCAGAAUGUCAACAGUCUGGCACCAAGAUGUGGGGAGCAAGGGUGCAUGGUGCAGGGCACUCUCCUCCCACCAAUGUGACCCAGGUUCAAAUCCUGGUGUCAAAACCAUAUCUGGGUUGAGUUUUUUGUUGAUUCUCUCCUUUGCCCCGACAGGUUUUUCUCUGGGUACUCCGGUUUUCCCCUCUCCUCAAAAACCAACAUUUCCAAACUUCCAAUUCGACCAGGAAUUGUAGGCGAAGAACCUCUACAUAGAUGUGCUACCUCUAAAUCGUUAUUGUUAUUAUCAUGAGUUUUUGGGACAAAGAAGAAAUCCGCCAUCCUGACAGGACUCGAAUCCAUGACCUCUCAAACACCGGUCAAGGUUCGUAACGCUGAGUAUGAAGGUAUCUCCAUUUUGUUUGUAGGCUACAAGUAUGCUUGAAAAGAGCCUGGCUCAGGAUGAAACUUACACUGACGCUGUUUGUCUGCUGGCGGAAAUCAUGGGAAAGAAGCAGGAAUACGAUAAAGCAAUAGCACUGUACGUUUGCGCACGUAACAAUUUAUGAAUGACUAUAAAGUGGCUUUAAUUUUGCAAAAGUAGUUAACUUGACUGAAACCUUCUACCUGUGGUCGAUACCUAGAUUAUCAACGUUUAAUUUUGUUUUGCAGUUUGCGGAAACACAUGAAUCAUGACCGCACACCCCGUUUGCAUCAGCUACUGGGGGAUUAUUUAGCGCUAACAAGUGAUUACCAAGAAGCACUUGAUCAUUACACACAGGCACUGAGGUAAGAGUGAUCAUUGCCAAUAUUCUCCCUGAAAUAUUAAUCAAUCACUGAUCAUGAGGUAUUGAGAGCUGAAAGAAUGAACAACUCAGAUGAAUUCCCCUGUCAAGGAGAGUCAAGAUGGUAGUUGCAGUAACUAUUAGUGUUUGAAAGUCAUCAAAAUACUUCCCUGUUAGAGCGGCUUUCACAACAGUUGAACGUCAAAAGUAUCCUCUUGAUUGCUUUCGUUUAGCAUUGCUGUGCCUUUUGAAUGGUUGAAAAACUCACAGCAUUCUCUCUACCAAUCAGAAAUAAAACUAGGACCGACCUAAGCCCUUGAUCAUUGCACACAGGCACUGAGUAAUAAUAAUCAUUGCCAAUAUUCUCCCUGAAAUAUUAAUGAAUCACUGAUCAUGAGGUAUUGAGAACCGAGAGAAUGAACAGCUCAGAUGAAUUUUCCCGAUAAGGAGGGAGUCAAGGUGGGGUUGUGAUUAUUGUCGUUGCAGUAUUAGUGUUUGAAAGAGUCAUCAAAAUACUUCCCUGUCGAAGCGGCUUUCACGGCAGUUGAAUGUCGAAAGUAAUUUCUUGAUUGCUUUGGUUUAACUUUGAUGUACCUUUUGAAGGCUAAACAACUUGCACCGUUUUCUCGACCAAUCAGAAAUACGACCGAGACCGACGAUGAAUUGUUCCCGCGCUUUUUUCCUCGGUCGACACCAUGCAAUCUCAUUAAUUUUCUUCGGGAUCUUAUUGGUUUCUAUAAUUGGCUUGGCAUAUUUUCAGUGGCCAGGGUAAAAUUAACAACUUUGAUUACACCACACUCAAAUAAUAACCACUGUAUUGGUGAAAGGGGUAUUAAAUCGUCUCUUUCUCGUGUAAACCCGAGUAACACUCUGGCAGAAGAAAGGCCAUAACAUCAAUAAGUUAUUUAAAAUGCUAUUGUAAACGAGGCUGCCUUAAUGUUUUUUGAUUGUAGUAUGAACCCGGGGGACAGCAAAGCCAGGGAAGGAAUAGAAAAUGUAGAAAGAGCGAAUGGCGGAGAAAUGGAACACGAUAGUGAAGAGGACGUAGAACCCAACGGCGAAGGUGUCAGUUUAGAAGAGGUAAUUAUUCACUGUAAAAGCUCAGAACCCAGGAGUCAUUUCAUAGGUAGGUGGAGCGUGAUCGUCGGGGUGAACGUAGUCCUGAAUAGGACUGUUCUUGACAGUGACUGACGUUUCGAUAAUCUGUGCGGUAGUCAUCUUCAAAGUCAAAGUGAGUCAUAGCACGUCACUUAAUGGUAUUAAACUCUGGUUAUCAACCUGAUUAGUCGAUUAAGUCGCGAUGUUAUGGGUUGUCUGUCGGUUAUUCUUUUUCACUCUUACAAAGGGAUGUGUCUCUUGCAGAGAAAGGAACACAUCCACCGCCUAAAACUAUAUCAAGAUGAAAAAACAAACAAACAAACCACUGAAAAAAACAAUAAAGGACAAAUAACUGUACUCUUACUGUAGUUUCCCUAGUAGAGGUAAUUAUUUCUUUUGUGAAAAAUCUUUUUUGCAGGACGGCAUUGAAGACGAUGAGCCCUGGGAAUCACAAGACAUCCGUGGAGCGGUG